UUUUAAACUCACAUCAAACAUAUGGUACCAUAAUUUUGAUUUUCUCAAUUUCAUCAAAACCUCCAAAUCUCUUUAACAAAAAUAAAAAUAAAAAUAUCUAAAGAAGUGUUAUCAUCUCUCUCUAGUAACUCAAAAUCAAUGGCUUCUUCUUGUUCUUCUCCUUCAACUUUCUCGUCAUUCAAUUCCCAAAUUACCCCUCUACUCCCAAUAAAUUACACAAAAACCCCACACACAAAAUUAUCAUUCUCAUUCUCAUCAUUGUCAGUAUCUUGUUUUGCAGCAAAACAACAAGAACAACAACAGACAGGGCCAGUAAAGAAGAAGCAACAACGUACGACGUCUUCGAGUAGUACUAAGAAGAAAAAGAAACCUGUUCAAGUUGAUGUUGAAGUUGAAGGAGAUAAAGGGGUUGAGUCUUUUCAAAGGUAUACUCCUUUGCCGUUACCAAAACCGCCAGCUGGGUUUGUCUUGGAUGAGCAAGGGAGUGUUCUCAUGGCUUCGAGCAAGCGUAUUGCUACUAUUGU